AUCAGAUACAUUCAGUAACUCUUUACAAGUAAAUAUUUAUUCUGAUCUUAUAAGGCUCAUAUAACUAUCAUUGUAAAUAAAUCAAACACAGCACACACUACAUAAUGGCAGAAUCAUUGACAGAGGAACAAAUAGCAGAAUUUAAAGAAGCGUUUAGUUUGUUUGACAAGGAUGGAGAUGGAACAAUUUCCUGUAGGGAGCUAGGAACAGUAAUGCGAUCACUGGGUCAGAAUCCGACAGAGGCAGAAUUACAGGAUAUGAUCAAUGAUGUCGAUACAGACGGCAAUGGGUCAAUAGAAUUUCCAGAAUUUUUAACAAUGAUGGCAAAGAAAAUCAAAGAUGGCGGCGAAUCUGAAGAAGAACUUCGAGAAGCUUUUAGAGUUUUUGAUAAAGACGGUAAUGGAUUUAUAAGUGCUGCUGAAUUACGUCACGUGAUGACAAAUCUCGGAGAAAAGCUAACUGACGAGGAAGUAGACGAGAUGAUUCGUGAAGCCGAUAUCGACGGGGAUGGUCAGGUUAAUUAUGAAGAAUUUGUCACAAUGAUGAUUUCAAAGUAGAAACAGACUGGUGUUUAAAUAAAAACAGGAGAGUAAAAUUUAGAACUAUGGAUAAAAAAUGGGAACAUGUUCACUUUCAAAAACACUACAUGUUUGAGUUAAUUCCUUUUUGUAUUAAUUGCAAAAACAGAAAAAGAAAGAAUUAAAGUGGCCUUAAGAGAUCUUUUUUCUGUUGAUGCUUGCCAGAUUUACUCUUCAGUUUCUGGUUAAUAUGUGUGUAUGUGUGUGUGUGUGAGAGAGAGAGAGAGAGAGAGAGAGAGAGAGAGAGAGAGAGAGAGAGAGAGAGAGAGAGAGAGAGAGAGAGAGAGAUGUAUCACCAUUCUGAACGUGUUAAAAUUUCA